UCUGUAACGAAUAGCAAAUUUUGUUCUUUCUUUUCGUAUUUCAUCAGCUGCGAUAGAGUUACUCCCUUUUCAUAGCUAUAUUCUAUUAUAAAAUGGCUGAUAAUAAAUUAUACGAAAUAUUAGGUGUUUCAAGAAGUGCAAGUGACUCAGAAAUCAAAAGAAAUUACCACAAACUUGCUAAAGAAUUUCAUCCCGAUAAGAACCCGGCAGCUGGAGAUAGAUUUAAGGAAAUAAGCUAUGCUUACGAAGUUUUAUCAGAUCCCAAAAAACGCCAAACUUACGAUAAAUAUGGAUUGAAAGGGUUACAAGAGGGUGGCCAAGGUGGUGGUUUUCCCGGCGAAGAUUUGUUUGGACAUAUUUUUGGGGACAUUUUUGGUAUGGGGGGCAGUGGGCGAGGCAGGGGACGCGCGCGAGGAGAAGAUACUAUCCAUCCCCUUAAAGUGACUCUAGAGGACAUGUAUGUUGGUAAAACAACCAAAUUGCAACUUAGUAAAAAUGUUAUAUGUGGUCCAUGCAAAGGUGAAGGUGGGAAACCUGGAUCAGUGAUACCAUGUAAAGAGUGUCACGGUCAGGGUAUCAAAGUGUGGUAUCAGCAAAUAGGUGCUAACAUGACCCGUCAAUGCCAAACCCGUUGUCCUGCUUGCCAAGGACAAGGAGAAACUAUUAAUGAAAAGGACAAAUGUCCUAAAUGUAAGGGCAAGAAAGUCUUAAAUGAGACAAAAAUUUUAGAAGUGCAUGUUGAAAAGGGAAUGCGCGAGAACCAAAAAAUUUUCUUCAGGGGUGAAGGAGACCAAAUGCCUGACACUCAGCCAGGUGAUGUGAUUAUUGUAUUGCAACAAAAACCUCAUGAUGUUUUUAAGAGGACUGGAGAUGAUCUCCUGAUGGUUCGAGAAAUAACUCUCACAGAGGCACUCUGUGGCUUUGAAUUUGUUGUUAAACAUUUAGAUGGACGGGAUUUACUAGUAAGACAUUUACCAGGAGAGGUAAUCAAACCUGGAGACUUAAAAGGAAUUCAAGGCGAAGGGAUGCCUCAACACAAAAAUCCAUUUGAGAAGGGUAAUCUAUACAUUAAGUUUGAUGUGACCUUCCCAGAUAAUCAUUUUGCUAAUGAGGAGCAGUUGAAGAAAAUUGAAAGUAUUCUACCUCCUAGACCAGCAUUUGUGAUGCCAACUGGAGAUGAUGUUGAAGAAGUCAAUAUGAUGGAGUAUACAGCUAGUGAGAAGAGUAGGUCAAGGGAAGAGGCUUAUGCUAGUGACGAUGAGGAGCAUGUGCAUGCAGGACCAGGAGUUCAAUGUGCCCACCAGUAGAUCAAUAAACUUUUAAUCUUAA